AUGGUAAAUCGUAUUUUUUGUUUAACAAUUCUCUUGCUAACAUUGAUCACAGAAAUAAUACUAUCUCAAACUACAAGUCAAAAUGUAAACAUUCUCCUUUCAAACAUAACCAAUCCUUGUGACAGUUUCUAUCAAUAUGCAUGUAGAGAAUGGGAAGUGAAUAAUCCUAUACCAGAUAAUGUAAUGGAAAUGAAUACUUUUAUCAAGGCUCAAAGAAACAUUGACAAUUAUUUUUAUGAUAUUAUUGCUAACAGUUCAUAUGCUUCCAAUGAUUCUCGCUUAUUUGCUGCUCAUGAAUUCUACAAAGCUUGCAUAAAAAUUCCGUUUGAUUCAAUUGAUCAUGUUAAAAACCAAAUGCUUCAAUUAAUCACGAAAGCCUUUGGACAUUGGGAUUUAAUGACAUCUUUUAACGGGAAUUGGGAAAAUAGAUCUGAUGCUGUGAAAAAUGUUCUAAAUUUGAGUUUGACUGACGUCUACCUACCACUGAUCAGUGCAACAGGACAUUCACCUUUAUUUUCAUUGGAAGUUGAUGCAGAAACUAAUAUAAUUCGAAUAGGAUUUCGGGAACUGAAACAAAUGUUUUAUCGGGCGGUUGAAUUCCUGAAUUUGAAUCGUUCGAAUAAUGAAAGUUUCAAUGAGGCUUUCGAAUUAUUUGACCGUUUAGCUAGUAUCGACUGGGAUUAUUUAUUCACCAAAUUGUUCGAUCAAAAUGGAUUAACAACGUACAAUCGUCGGCAAAUAGAGAUUGCAGAUACAUUUCUAUUACAAUAUCGUUGUGGACUUCAUAAAAUUCAGUUGGAAACAGACGCAGGAAAAAGGUCACAACCUGAUAUACCAACUUAUUUGUCAGAAGCUUUCAACGUGAGAGAAUUAAACAGCAUAUAUAUUUUUGGUGGAUUGAUGCAAACACCGUUUUAUGAAAAGAAUGAGAAUCAGUUCCUUAAAUUUACAGGAUUGGGUUGGAUCAUCGCUCAUGAAUUUUUACACGCUAUUGAUAUUACAGGCAUUCUCAUUGAUGAAAACGGGCAUUUACGGACAAGUGGAAAUUCUGAAACAGGACUCAUUGCAAAUAUAAAGCAAGCCGAUUGUCUACGACUUCAUUACAAACUUCAUCCGGGUGCGUAUGGAAAGACCUUUUGUGGCCAUGUGCGUGCCGGUUCAUACGCACACUACCAAAAUAAUGUUCAUCAUCUUUUCCCUGAAUUCAGGGUAUUUGGAGCUUUGUCGAAUAGUGAAGAAUUCGCUGAAGCGUAUAACUGUUCGACUGAUUCACCAAUGAAUCCUUCAAACAAAUGUAAGCUGUGGUGAAAUCCGCUGAAAACAUCAACUUGCUGUUACACGGGUGUAAGCAAGAACAUAUCAUUACAUUUCUAUUGUUUUUUAUACA